CGUCAGGUUGCGCGUCUUCAUGGCAGUCCAUCUCUUUAUCUGGCCCCGAGAUGCCACCCCACUCGAGUGUCCCACAACGACUCCUGUCUGCAACUCUCCGCAUUCCUCGGCUAUCCUACGUCCUCCACUGUAACUCCCCUACUCGAACCUUCUCCUUCUCUAGCAAGCUUGCAAACGCGCAAUCGACUAUCACCGACGUUGAGGUUGAGGGCUAUGCACGAUACCAGUUCCCAGAAAACUAUGACGACAGGGAAGUCUGGCUGUUCGAAGGCAGGGCAACAGCACCGCGACCAAACGUGCUCAAUGUCUCCACAAUAUCCCAACUUUUGACGACGCCUAUGGCGCAUGGAGUCUACAUAAAUCCACGGAAUGAUUGGUGUAAACGUCUUAGGCUUCUCAACCCCCAAAAAAUAAAAAUCGAAUACGAGGUGCUUCCACUCGAAGCACAGCCUAUGGACCAGAUGCAGGGUAGACCGUUGAGGCAAAUCAACUUUAGGUGUGAGGACAGGCCAAGAGAUCACGCUCGGCGAAUGGUGAAAAUGUACAGCUUUCUGGAGGACAAUCAGCAUUGUAUGGUUCAUGUCCAGAUGCCGACCAAAAAGUUGGACUGGGGACUGGGGCCGGCGUUUGACUGGGUGGUCGUCAAUACUCCGCAUUUGAGACCGGAAGUCAUUAUCAAGUCGAUGCCAGAGGGGACGUCUAUGGAGAUGGUUCCGCAUGCAGGCUAUGGAGAGGUUGUGUGGGUUUUCGGGCGAGGAGAGAGCUUAAACCCUACGCAGAUCAGAAGGCUAAAAGAGAAGCUGAUGAGGAGCGCACGCAAGAGUAAAAUUGGUCCAGAGGUGGAAAGCUCAGAGAACGUAAAGGAAUUAAGUUCAGAAUGAUAUCGCGAGGUGCUGAUCGGAUGUCACUGUGCACCAAAAACCAUUCUACCGCCUCCGACAACCUUACCCGAUGAGGCCUUUGCAAUUCGCUCACAGACGGUCUCAGA